AAGAGCACUCUCGCGAGAACAGCCGCAGUGGCGCGAAUAAACAAGUGUUUUGUUUUUGCUACCGACGGUUAGCUAGCAUCAGAAAUUCAACUGCGCUCAUAUUGUUCGAAGUCACACUUCGACCUGGUAACAUACAGGAUAAGUUAAUUUUCGAGCACUUUUGCUAAGGCGAAAUAAUGUCGGACUCGCUCUCCGACAACGACAUCAGCCAAGAAGAAUGUCAGGAGGAUGACAUGACUCCGGCCGACUUGAUCGCGAAACUAGAGGAGGCUUGGCUAAAUGAAAAAUUCUCACCCGAGUUGCUGGCCAACCAAUCCGAGGUGGUGGAGUGUGUCAUGGAGCAGCUCACACACAUGGAAGCAAACCUGGAGAGAGUGAAAAAAGGCGACCCCAAAGCCGGCAUCCAUCGCAUGGAGAUUGACCGCAUCCGCUUUGUGCUGUGCAGCUACUUGCGUUCUCGCUUGCAGAAGAUUGAAAAGUUCUUUCCGCAUGUCCUUGAGAAGGAGAAAUCUCGCAGCCAAGGAGAACCGGCGCUGCUUUCAUCUGAGGAGUUUGCCUUUGCUAAAGAGUAUGCUGCAAACACUGAAGACCACCUAAAAUGUGUGGCAUUGAGUCACAUGCCCCCCAUCCUCCAGACACUUGACAUGCUCAAAGCAAUGCCAGCGCCAUGCCUGGACUCCUUUGUUUUCCUGCGAGUGAAGGAAAGACAAGAGAACAUCUUAGUGGAGCCCGAAACAGACGAUCAGAGAGAGUAUGUUGUGGAUCUUGAAGAGGGCUCUCAGCAUCUCAUGCGCUAUCGAACCAUCGCGCCACUUAUUUCAAGUGGAGCUGCACAGUUGAUUUAAAUGUCAAGGUUCUUGUUUCUGGUCUCUGAGCGCUUUGGCCUCCAACGGGUCAUAAAACAAACAGCAGACAGUUUAACAGAUCUGGACACAGAUCUCAAAUCUUGUGUGCUCAGAGCGUGACUGGUGUCCCAAUACUGGCCCAUAGCUUCAAAUGCAGGCACAUCUGAUCUUCUUAAUAUUGAUUCCUAUUACUAUUCCUGUUACUAUGUCGCAGUGAUGAAGAGGAAUGGGCCACUUCUGUGCUGCAUUAAAAGCCGGCUGAAUUUUCCCAUUUGUGCAAAUCUAUUCUUUUAUUUCACAAAUGGCGAAGAGACUCAUAGAAAAGGUUUUGUUUGAUUGUGUCUUUUCCUUUCUCUCCUCUAAACUGUAUGUUCCUGUGUCUUCCCUGGGAUGUAAUUGCUCUAAUAAGCGCCUUUACGUAAAUUUCAGCGGGAGCUAUCAGUGUUCAUUGUGUGCACUCGCUCUAACUGCCAAAUAAUUGUCCAUAAUAAAGGAUGGAGUACUGAUUGA